AUGACGGAAGUGAUCGAGAUGCUCAUGAUCAUCCUGAUCGUUACGCUCUGCUUCCUGAUGAUCCCGUUCAACACAAAACCAAGUGCGGUGAUCGAGUCUCGCCGCAAGUUUGACGUGUUUGUGCGGCUGUACGACAAGCCUUAUCGCGGGGACGCGCGCGAGUACGCGUACCGGUUUCAGAUUUUCCGCGCUUCGUUGGCAAAAAUUCGUCAGCUAAAUGAGCGAAGCCGGGAUGCGAAUGACACCGCGAUCUACGGCAUUACGCAAUACGCGGAUCUGUCCGAUCGCGAGUUCAUCGCUCGCCAGCUGGCCGAUCUGCUGCCGGACGAAUUGUCGGCAUCCGGGCCAAGAAGCCCGCACCAGAAGUUCGUGAUCGAUUCACGCAGUGCCGAGAUGAAGAACGACAUCAUCUUCUCGCGGGCUCGCCGGGAUCUACGGCUACCGGCGGACCUGCCACUCUCGGUGGAUUGGCGUGAACAAGGCAUCAUUUUGCCGGUGAAGAACCAAGGCAGCUGUGGUGCUUGUUGGGCGAUCAGCGUAGUCGACACGAUCUCGGCGUUGGCAGCGCUUAAACGCAGUGAUCGCAAGCUGACGGACCUGUGUCACGAGCGUGUGGUGCGAUGUGCGGCUAAUGGCAACAACGGAUGUGAUGGUGGUGACACCUGUCGAUUGCUGGAGUGGUUGGCCGAAGAGAACUACCGCAUCGGGACGGCUGAGUCCUGUCCAGAACGGAACAUGGUUGAAUCGGAUGGGAAUUGCACCAUCGCAGGACGUGUGGAUGGUCUCCGUCAGGAUCUCAACAACACCGUUGUGAAGCGAUUUUCCUGUGACGGAUUCGCAAACGAAGAACAUCUGAUGCUGCGCCAUCUCGCCACCAGAGGGCCGAUCGUGGCUGCGGUGAAUGCGAUCUCGUGGAAAUACUACCUUGGUGGGGUGAUACGGUAUCACUGCGAGUCUGAGUACGAAUUGUUGAAUCAUGCGGUUGCUAUUGUCGGGUAUGAGCUUAACGCCACUGUUCCGUACUACAUUGUGAAGAAUUCUUGGGGGCCAAGGUUCGGCGAUCACGGAUACGUGAAGAUAGCGGUUGGGCAGAACCUCUGCGGUAUCGCUAAUCGUGUCUCAUUCAUCGAGGUUGCUUAA